AUGAAUCGUAAUUUGUUAUCAGUCGGACCUGUCUCCUCCGCUAGUGGUGGCAAGAAAAUUGUUGGCUACUAUGAUUCUUUGUUCGUCUUCUACUUCACCUCGACUUCCUUCCUGUCACCGAUAUCUACAGAUGAGCUGACGUCAGCCAUGUUGAUCAUCGACAGGACCGCUCAGCAGUAUACACCUUCUCAGAUUCCAGUGGAGAACCUGACUCACCUAAUUUACCGCUCUGCUCGAGUCAAAGCAGCGACCGGUGAUAUCGUCUUGGGUGAUCUUUACCUAGAUACUGAGGCAUUUAUGGAUGAUACGACACACCUUUCAACCAGAGAAGAAGAUCGCCUUAUUCUUGGAGACGGUGAGCAAUUAAACGGGAUAUUGGGGUCUCUAUAUCUCCUCAAAAAGAGAAAUCGAAAUCUCAAAGUCCUGAUGUCCAUCGGCAGUCCCGUAGGCCAAGACUCCUGGGAUAUCGCCCUCGGAGCUCUCACGCACUUGCAGACAGCUAAAGGCCUCCGUAUGCUUCUUUUAGAGCUCCACCGCGGAUUCCUCAGACUGGCCGUCUCCAAACGACAACCUGACUUCCGAUAUCUCCUUUGUGUUGCGAUACCCUGCGAUAGAAUUCAGUUAAGUUUUGUGGAUCUUAUCGCUUUCGAAUGUCCCGCAUUAGACUUUUGGAAUCUGAAGGCAUUCGACUGGUUAUUCCCAACAACUGAGAGAACUGAACAUCAAGCGAGGCUUCGAGGGUACAGCGCCUUCAUGUUCGGUAUCGAAGAAGUGGUGCAAAGUCUCAAAAAUUUUAGUAUUCCGGCCAACAAAAUUAUUCUGGGCAUACCUCUUCACGGUCUCGCCUUUCGUAGUACUUGGGGUCUCGGCUAUCCUUUCUCUAGCUGCGUUAAAGUCGACUACAAGCUCUUACCCCUCGAUGGUGCAGUGGUGAUUCACGACGACACACUUGUAGCCUCUUGGAGUUACGACAAGUCCAAGAGAGAACUGAUAAGUUACGAUACCCCCGAAAAUGCUGCCAAAAAAGCCGAAUAUAUCAACAGAUUAUCCCUCGGUGGCGCGAUGUUUUGGGACCUCCAUAAGGACAAGACGCUUUCCGAACUUAGCCUUGUUAGGGUCGUCAAGGAGAUACUUGGUGAUCUUGAGUUUCAUCCCAACAGCCUUCGUUUUCGCCAGACAGAGUACCGGAGUAGCGCCUCUAUCGCUAAGCUUAUAGGUAUGAUGCUGUGCUACUAUUAUCGAAAAUCAGCACAUGAAGCGGGUCGUGCGUGCUAG